AUGUACUAUUUCCUCUCCAUGUUGGCUGUACCUGACCUGGGCCUGUCACUUUCUUCCUUGCCCACCAUGCUAAGGAUCUUCUCAUUCAAUGCCACAGGAAUCUCACCUGAUGUCUCCUUUGCCCAAGAGUUCUUCAUCUACGGCUUCACCAAUAUGGAAUCAUCAGUCCUUUUGAUCAUGUCUUUUGAUUGUUUUCUAGUCAUCUGGAACCCACUGAGAUGCAGCUCUAUACUGACUGGAGCCAGAGUCUCUAAAAUGGGACUGGCUUUGGUCAUUAAGAGCAUGCUUUUGGUGCUCCCAUUUCCUUUUACUUUAAAGAGGUUGACAUAUUGUAAGAAAAGUCUCUUGUCCCAUUUUUACUGUCUCCACCAGGAUGUCAUGAAGUUAGCCUGUUCUGAUAAUACUGUCAACUUUUUCUAUGGUUUCUUUGUUGCUCUUUGUAUGAUGUCGGACAGCAUAUUCAUAGCUAUAUCAUAUGUACUUAUACUAAAGACUGUGAUGGGUAUUGCUUCACACAGAGAACUGCUUAAGGCCCUCAACACCUGUGCUCCCCAUAUCUGUGCUGGUCUCAUCUUCUAUGUGCCCAUCGUUACUUUAGCCUCGACGCACGCUUUGGCAAGAAGUCACCACUGGCAUUGA